UCCGCCUCCCCGGGGUUCUUCCGCCGGCGGGCCGGGGGCUCGGCGGGGCCUGCCUGGGCUGCGUCCUUCGGAGGGGCGGAGCCGGCGCCGUCCAGCCCGCCCCGCGCUCCUCCCGGGGGUAUUUGAGGCGGCGGCCAGGCCGGGAGUGACUCAGACGCGUCGCCGUCAGCCGGAGGGACGCGCCAGCUUCUCGUCGCCCGCCCGCUCGUCGCCGCCAUGGAGACCCCCGCCGGGCAGAAGCGCGGCCCCCGCAGCGGGGCCACCCCGACGCCGCUCUCGCCCGCGCGCAUCACCCGCCUGCAGGAGAAGGAGGACCUGCAGGAGCUGAACGACCGGCUGGCCGUCUACAUCGACAAGGUGCGCUCGCUGGAGUCGGAGAACGCGGGGCUGCGGCUGCGCAUCACCGAGUCGGAGGAGGAGGUCAGCCGCGAGGUGGUCGGCAUCAAGGCGGCCUACGAGGCCGAGCUGAACGACGCCCGCAAGACGCUGGACUCGGUGGCCAAGGAGCGCGCCCGGCUCCAGCUGGAGCUCACCAAGGUCCGCGAGGAGUUCAAGGAGCUCAAGGCCAGGAACACCAAGAAGGAAGGAGACCUCCUUGCCGCCCAGGCCCGCCUGAAGGAUGUGGAGGCCCUGCUCAACUCCAAAGAGGCUGCGCUCACCACGGCCUUGGGGGAGAAGCGCAACCUGGAGGCCGAAGUCCGUGACCUCAGAGGCCAGCUGGCCAAGGUAGGACGGAUGCCACCACGGCUCCUCUUUUUGUGCCCCCCUCAGGACCAGUCACUGGGAAACUGGCAGAUCAAGCGCCAGAAUGGAGAAGACGCCCCCAUUAGCUACAGGUUCCCUCCCAAAUUCACCUUGAAGGCCAACCAGCUGGUCACGAUCUGGGCUGCGGGUGCGGGGGUGUCCCACAACCCCCCCACGGACAUGGUCUGGAAGAACCAAAGCUCGUGGGGCUCCGGCGACAGUCUGCGCACGGCCCUGCUCACCUCCACUGGAGAGGAGGUGGCCAUGCGGAAGUUGGUGCGCACGAUUGUUGUCAAUGAUGAGGACGAAGAGGACGAUGAGGAUGGCAUCCAUGGCCACCAUCACCAUAGCCACUGCAGCGGCAGCGGAGAUCCGGGCGAGUACAACCUGCGCUCCCGCACGGUGUUGUGUGGGACGUGCGGGCAGCCGGCGGAGAAGUCCUCCGGGGCCACGAAUGUGGGCACCAGCACCAUGUCUACCGGCUCCUCCUCCUCCAGCCUGACCAUCACGCGCAGCUACCGCAGUGGAGGCACCAACCUCGGGGAGAGCCUCCUGCCCCGCUCCUACAUCCUGGGCAGCUCCACCCCACGCCAGCAGGUUCCUUCGAACUGCAGCAUCAUGUAACCUUCCGACGUUCCCCGACAUGCACUCAAAUUCUGCUUCGUGAAGCUCUUCUAUCCUUAACAUGCUCAGAAAAAAAAAGAGGAAACCAUUUU